UCCAAUUCAGGGUCAGCUCCUUGUAUAGUACCACAGCACUGAGUUAUAUUUAGAGAUCUACCUCUUACUUCCUAUCUGGAAGAAACCUGUUUUUCUCUGUGGUCGGGAUUGAGUGGAAAGUUGACUGGUCUAUUGUGGAGAGCUGUAAGGCUGCAAGUUACUUCAGGAGAGCCUGAGGGGGAAUACAUACACUCGCCUUUUCUAAUAUGUCCAGACCAUUUGGCACUACAAGUGAGCAGACUUGGAAGAGUACCAUGAAUGAGUCUUCCUGACCCUCCAAUCAAGAAAGAGCCAAGCAGAGACCAAUUGGGUAGCUGAGGCCCUCCAAAGGGGAGCUGAGCGCAAGAAGCCUCUAGGAAGAAAAGCCAUGCAGGGAGAAAUAACAGACCCCACACAUUUAGACCCCAGUGAAAGGAAGCUAAGCCCAAAGAACUAAGAGCAUGAGUGAGCAUACUUGGAACACUUGCACAAUUUCAGUCUUUGUUCAGACAAAAUGCCCCCUGAAAUCAAUGAGAGGCUUUCCUGAAGAUAGGCCGCAGGAUUUGACCCAUGAAAUUAAAGAUACACAAAAAGAACAAAACAACAGGCAUGGGCGGAGAGGGAGCGCACAGGACUCUUUCCUACUAAAAAUCGACCAACAAAACCAGCAGCAACAACAAAACCUUCAAGCUUCAGGUUUUCCUACCGGCUCUGUUCCCAAAUGUCGGAGUCCAGAGAAGUUUAAUAAUUUUUAUAUGAUGCAUUUUGACUUUUCCUUUUUCAGUGGGAUCUAUUGCCAGAGCUGAUCUCUCGUACAUCAGCAUUCACCUGGAUAUAAUAUUAAAGUAAAGCUGUAUACAACAUGACAACUCUAGCUGGAGCUGUCCCAAGAAUGAUGCGACCAGCUCCCGGGCAGAACUACCCUCGCAGCGGAUUUCCAUUGGAAGUGUCUACUCCUUUAGGCCAGGGCAGAGUCAAUCAGCUCGGUGGAGUUUUUAUCAAUGGCAGGCCUUUACCCAACCACAUCCGACACAAGAUAGUGGAGAUGGCCCAUCACGGGAUCAGGCCCUGUGUCAUCUCUCGCCAGCUGCGCGUGUCCCACGGCUGCGUCUCCAAAAUCCUCUGCAGGUACCAGGAGACUGGCUCCAUCCGGCCGGGGGCCAUCGGGGGCAGCAAGCCCAAGCAGGUGACGACGCCGGACGUUGAGAAGAAAAUCGAGGAGUACAAGAGGGAGAAUGCCGGGAUGUUCAGCUGGGAGAUCCGGGACAAACUGCUCAAAGACGGGGUCUGCGAUCGAAACACGGUUCCCUCAGUGAGCUCCAUCAGCCGCAUUCUGAGAAGUAAAUUUGGGAAAGGAGAAGAGGAGGAGGCCGAACUGGAAAGGAAAGAAGCGGAGGAGAGUGACAAGAAGACCAAGCAUAGCAUUGAUGGGAUCCUCAGCGAACGAGCAUCAGCACCCCAAUCUGAUGAAGGCUCUGACAUAGAUUCUGAACCAGAUUUACCUUUAAAAAGAAAGCAGCGUCGUAGUCGAACAACCUUUACUGCAGAACAACUAGAAGAACUGGAAAGAGCUUUUGAGAGGACCCACUACCCUGAUAUUUACACUCGGGAAGAACUUGCACAAAGAGCCAAACUUACUGAGGCUCGGGUUCAGGUCUGGUUUAGUAACCGUCGUGCUAGAUGGAGGAAACAGGCGGGGGCCAAUCAACUGAUGGCUUUCAACCACUUGAUCCCAGGAGGAUUCCCACCCACUGCCAUGCCAACCUUGCCAACAUACCAGCUGUCUGAGCCCUCCUAUCAACCCACCUCCAUACCACAAGCUGUGUCUGAUCCAAGCAGUACAGUCCACAGACCUCAGCCGCUUCCUCCAAGCACUGUACACCAAAGCAGCCUCCCUUCAAAUCCAGAGAGCAGCUCUGCGUAUUGCCUACCCAGCACCAGGCAUGGAUUUUCCAGCUAUACAGACAGCUUUGUGCCUCCAUCCGGGCCCUCAAAUCCCAUGAACCCUGCCAUUGGCAAUGGCCUUUCACCUCAGGUAAUGGGCCUCCUGACUAACCAUGGUGGUGUACCCCACCAGCCUCAAACUGAUUAUGCCCUCUCACCCUUAACUGGGGGCCUAGAACCAACCACUACUGUAUCAGCCAGCUGCAGUCAGAGACUAGAUCAUAUGAAAAGUUUAGAUAGCCUGCCUACAUCACAGUCCUACUGCCCACCAACUUACAGCACCACCGGUUACAGUAUGGACCCUGUCACAGGAUACCAGUAUGGACAAUAUGGACAAAGUGCCUUUCAUUAUCUGAAGCCAGAUAUUGCAUAAAUGAACUGUCCACUUCAAGUUAAAGCUUGUCUUGUUUCUGGUCUCACUCCAGUGCUUGGAUGGGAGGGAUCUUCUCACCAAAAUGCAACCCAAGCUGGGGCAAUCACAACAGAGAUACAGGAUCAUUCUGUUCUUUUCUCCCGUCAUUGCUUUCGAUAGACAUUUGGACAUGUUGGACGUAACAGUUCAGAAGACAAAGACCAAGAGCAAUAAAAAAAUAAACAAAUAAACAAAUACAACACAGUUCAGCGUGGGCAGGUAUAAAAAAUGCUGAAGAAUUUAAAAUCACUGACUGACAAAGCAUUCCAUUUUUACAUUGCUGAAAAAGCAUGCAUUGAUUUGGACAAAGAAAAUAUUCUAAAACUUAACAGUUGAGCUCUGCAAACUCAGACUCUUGACAUCCGAUGCUGACUUUAUUCUAACGUUAAAACUGCUCAGUUUCUGAAGCAUGAGCAGGAGAACAUUUUGCUUUUACACACUGGAAAUUGACAUCAAGAAGAAAUGUCAUGGUCUGUAGGAAGCUAGGAUAGAUGUAAAAGACUUCCAGAACAAGUUAAUGGUUAUCUUAUCAUUCUUUUGUAAUCAUGUUGUCAAGAAAUGUCACAUACAAGUUUUGCUUUACAAUGAACAAGAUAUUGUGUAACAUGAAGAAAUUUUUUUGCAAUUUGUGCGUGUGAAGUUUUCCUAAUCCAUGUUACGUUCUGAAACAAACAAGGAAAAGGAAACAACAAUAACAACAACAACAACAAAACAAAGUGACUUUGAUUUCCACAACUGUCUAACAAUGUGCAAUACUGUGUACCUCACACAAGCUUUGGGAUCGUCCAAAGUGAUAUAGAUAGAACUAUAUUUUUGCAGGUACUUUUAUUUUUGCAGUACAUAUUUCAUUAUGAUAAAAUGCAGAAGUGGUGCAGUCCGCAGUACAACAGAAUCUGGCUCAUGAGUCAUGACCAUUUUCAGGAAACAAUACAUUUGAAAUGAUUACGUUUACAUUCUCUUUUAGUGAUGUACAGGACAUGAACAGAGAUGUCCGUGUAUCUGACAUGUACUUUUAAAUUAUACAGUGAUAGCUAAUAUAGAAAAAAUAAUAAUAGAAACCGAGGUUUACAUAAGUUUGUGUUGUGACAUUUUAGAAUGUCAAUAAAUUUGUGUUUUGAAAUGUUAAGAGGAACAGGAAGAUGGAAGGCAGUGUUAUUUAUUUCUCUUUAUUCUUGGAACAAUGAAUGAGGUAGGACACAUACAUUCCUUUUAGCAUUAAGGACUAUGAAGUAGUGAGAUAGUGAGACUAGGUGUAGUACAGAGAUUAGUUCACACAUUGAUCUUAAAAGGUGAUGGAACAAAAGAAAUAUUAUCUUUGUGUUGCAGCCUCUACCAACAACACAUGUGUUGUAAAAAAUGUCUUUCAUGUAAAAA